GUUGAUGAAUGAAUUUCUAGAGACCUUCACAUCCUCAUACUCCUCUUUCCUUGCUCUACAAUACUCACCGCUGCCCCAAUCCUUUCCAAGGGACGAAAGAUCCCUCAUUAGGAAGAAGACGCUGUAACAGAGUCAAGAUCAGAGAUGGACCCCCUUGGAGAAUCCCCCUGGGCAGAUGCGCCCGCCCACCAACCACCUCCAGAGCCUGCUACAGGAGCCGAUGAUGCGGCCAGCAAGACUUCGGACGCAGCGCCCACUGCCUCCUCCGGCCCCAGCAGCUCCGGCGGCCCCCGCCCCUCACGACUGACACCGCGCCGCCUUGUCGCGCAGCCGACCAAGCUCCAGGCCGUGGAGGACGACGACCCCCUGGGACCCCUCGGCGGACCAACAGCUGCUGCCGCCAACGAUGCGCCGCCCAUGCCGCCGCAGAAGGAACCCGGCUCUUCCGCGACUCCGGCCGCCAUGACGUCGACGCUGCCGGUGCGCACGACUAUGGGCAGCGGCGGAGAGCCGAGGAGGGCUGCCGACCCGCACCGCAUCGUAGACGACGAGGAGGACGACGAGGAUGACGACAGGAUAGGCGGCCGUGCGCCCCCGCCAGUACAGGCUGCGCAGCCUGUGGUGCGUGGCAUGGGACCACCGAGUGUCAGUGUCGAGCAGGCGGCCAAGCCGAGCUUUAACAUCACGGUGGGAGACCCACACAAAGUUGGGGAUCUGACGAGUAGUCAUAUUGUCUACUCUGUGCGAACCAAGACUACGUCCAAGGCCUACAAGCAGUCCGAAUUCGAGGUCAAAAGGCGAUACCGCGACUUCCUGUGGCUUUACAACACCCUCCAUGCCAACAACCCAGGAGUUGUUGUCCCGCCUCCUCCCGAGAAACAGGCUGUCGGUCGAUUCGAGAGUAACUUUGUCGAGUCGCGGCGGGCUGCGCUCGAGAAGAUGCUGAACAAGACUGCUGCACACCCCACGCUGCAGCAUGAUGCAGAUCUGAAACUGUUCUUGGAGAGCGAGUCGUUCAACGUGGACGUCAAACACAAGGAGAGAAGGGAGCCGAACCUAGGCGAGAGCAAGGGCAUGUUCAGCAGCCUAGGUCUAGGAAGCUCGAGUAGCAAGUUUGUCGAGCAGGACGAUUGGUUUCACGAUCGUCGUGUUUAUUUGGAUGCACUGGAGACUCAGCUCAAAGGUUUGUUGAAGGCCAUGGACACCAUGGUUGCGCAGCGCAAGCAGAUGGCGGAGGCGGCGGGCGACUUCUCUGCCUCACUCCAUGCGCUCUCCACAGUCGAGCUCUCGCCAACGCUGUCCGGACCAUUGGAGGCACUGUCAGACCUGCAGAUCACCAUUAGAGAUGUGUAUGAUCGCCAGGCACAACAGGAUGUCCUCACCUUUGGCAUAACCAUCGAGGAGUAUAUCCGGCUCAUCGGCAGCGUGAAGCAGGCAUUCGGUCAACGACAGAAGGCUUUCUACGCAUGGCACGCCGCGGAGUCUGAGCUGCAGAAGCGGAAGGCGAACCAGAAUAAGCUGCUCCGGCAGGGUAGGUCUCAACAAGACCGCCUGAACCAGGUCAGCGCUGAGGUCGGCGACGCGGAGAGGAAGGUCCACCAGGCGCAUCUGCUGUUCGAAGACAUGGGGCGACUGCUGAGACAAGAGCUGGACCGGUUCGAGAGAGAGAAGGUCGAGGACUUCAAGGCGGGGGUGGAGACAUUCCUUGAGAGCUCUGUUGAGGCACAGAAGGAGCUCAUCGAGAAGUGGGAGACAUUCCUGGUGCAGCUCGAUUCGGCAGAGGACGAGACCAUGUUCUACAAGCCGCCAGUCAUGCAGUCAGCAGGCAACAACAAGUCGACUGGCGACACGGCGGUGGACCGGGCCCGGGCUCGCAUCGACGAGGACUCUGACUAGAGUAAUGGGGUGCGUCGAGACAGCUUCAGUGCUUACAAUGACCGGGGACUAGCUCGGAAUGGGCCGCUGGGGAUGAAUCUACCAUGGCAUGAUCGUCGUUGAGGGUGGUCAAAUCAGCACCGUGGAUCGUCAUCAUUCAUGUCCUUGAAAUCAAGAAAGGGAGUGCGCAGAGACGGGGCACGAUCUGGGCGGUGCCCUAGGUGUUGUAGUUCUGUCUCCCUCUGAUGGGUUCUCUUGUUGUACAUAGAUCGAUCGCUCUGCAUUUACCUCUUUGCUCCCAACUUUUAUACCUCAAUGCAGCAGAAGCCUUACGCAGG